GGAAGCCGGAAGUCAAGCCGCUUCCGGCAGGGGAAACUCCUAGUUGCGGCUUCGCCCGGCUUGACAGGCGCUGUCUCUGCGGGCACCGAGCUACACUCAUCCCGCUCGGCCUCCCAAUCGCGCCUCGGCCGCCGCCGUCCCGCUGCCCUUUUCUCAAGCCUUCCCUUCCCUAUGUUCCGGGACCGGAGUACGGGAAGCAAAGACCCUCUUGUCCAGUCCCCAUCAUGUCCGAAGUGACCAAAGAGCUGCUGGAGCUGGUGUGGGGCACCAAGAGCAGUCCCGGACUGUCGGACACCAUCUUCUGCCGCUGGACGCAAGGGUUUGUGUUUAGUGACUCAGAGGGAUCUGCAUUAGAGCAGUUUGAAGGUGGCCCCUGUGCUGUUAUUGCACCUGUUCAGGCAUUUCUUUUGAAGAAGCUUCUGUUUUCCUCCGAGAAGUCGUCCUGGCGGGAUUGCUCAGAGGACGAGCAGAAGGAGCUCCUUUGUCAUACCUUGUGUGAUAUUUUAGAAAGUGCUUGUGACAGCUCUGGAUCAUACUGCAUGGUUUCAUGGUUGAGAGGAAGGACGACUGAGGACGCCGCUAGGAUUUCUGGGAGUCCUGCACAGUCUAGUUGCCAAGUGGGACAUUCUUCUGCCUUGGCUGUCGAAGAGCUUGGCUUUGAGCGAUUUCAUGCAUUAAUUCAAAAAAGAUCAUUCAGAACUGUAUCAGAAUUAAAAGAUGCUGUCUUGGACCAGUAUUCAAUGUGGGGAAACAAAUUUGGAGUCUUGCUUUUUCUCUAUUCUGUAUUACUGACAAAGGGCAUUGAAAACAUAAAGAAUUCAAUUGAAGAUGCAAACGAGCCUUUGAUAGACCCUGUGUACGGGCAUGGCAGCCAAAGCUUAAUAAACCUCCUCCUGACGGGGCACGCGGUCUCUAACGUGUGGGAUGGCGAUAGAGAGUGCUCAGGAAUGCAACUUCUCGGUAUCCAUGAACAAGCAACUGUAGGAUUCUUAACACUAAUGGAAGCUUUACGCUAUUGUAAGGUUGGUUCUUACUUGAAAUCUCCAAAAUUCCCUAUUUGGAUUGUUGGCAGCGAAACUCACCUCACCGUAUUUUUUGCCAAGAUUUUCGCAGCCUAUGAGGAAGCCUUGUUCCUUGUCUGCAAACGGUUGGACACCUUAUGCACUGAUAUGGCUUUAGUUGCCCCUGAAGCGCCUUCGGAACAAGCCAGAAGAGUUUUUCAGACCUAUGACCCAGAAGAUAAUGGAUUCAUAGCCGACACACUUCUAGAGGAUGUCAUGAAAGCCUUGGACCUUGUUUCAGAUCCCGAGUAUAUAAAUCUCAUGAAGAACAAAUUGGAUCCAGAAGGAUUAGGAAUCAUAUUGUUGGGUCCAUUUCUUCAAGAAUUUUUUCCUGACCAGGGCUCCAGUGGUCCAGAAUCUUUUACUGUCUACCACUACAAUGGAUUGAAGCAGUCAAAUUAUAAUGAAAAGGUAAUGUAUGUGGAAGGGACUGCAGUGGUUAUGGGUUUUGAAGACCCCAUGCUACAGACAGACGACACUCCUAUUAAACGCUGUCUGCAAACCAAAUGGCCGUACAUUGAGUUACUGUGGACCACAGACCGCUCUCCUUCACUCAACUGAGUUGCCCGAGUAUUAGUAAGGAAGAUUGUCAAACCCGGUGUUGAAAGGGGGAUUCAUGACUGGCUACAUGAAGCUAAACGCUGGUAUUGUUGAUUAACUGUAAAUAACAAUUAAAAACACAUUUUCAGUGUUUAAGAUAUGUUUAAAUUAUUUGUUCUAAAGCUUUAUGUUAAAGGUUAUCCUAUUUUAAUCCUUUCUGUGAAAUUUACUAACAAAAUUAAGCUUUAAUUAAAGUUCAUCUCUUCUGCAGUCAGGUAAUUGGUCGUUACCAGAUUAUAAACACAAUAUUAUAGCAUUUUUAUAAUGACAUCAGUCACAAAAACCUGCCUGGAGUAUCAUUCCAUUCAUUUCAUUUUACUGUAGUAUUUUUAGCAGCCUCCAUACCAAAAUGCAAAGGUUAAUUUUUGUUAAUUUUUUUUUUCAUUGCUUAAAUCUGUUUUUCCAUCACAAAUACUAAUAAAUCACAAAUUAUUGGCCCUGAUCCUUUGGUAACAAAUUUGACACUAGCAUGUUUACAAACAAAUAAGAAAGGAUAAUAUGUGGGAGCUUCUUUGUGUUCACAGGUGCACAGGGAUGUGGUUUUACAGUGAUGGGGGAAGAAUGUGUUGGCUGGGUGGUCUUACACUGUCGCUGUGACUGUACCGCUCAAUACACUUCUCCACCUUCAUUCCUACAAGCCAGCUCUCUUGUAUGUUUAUAAGCGUGGUAAUGCAUGAAAACAUCUGCUGUUACAUUAGCAUAUUGCAUUAUUUAUUAUGGCCCCAGUUAAUACCAUAAAUAAAGACUUUUCUUUAACUACA